AUGGCCCAAGAUCUGAGCCAAAACCAGCAGCAGAAUUCAGUGACCACCUUGGGGACUACUUCAGCCUGCGGCCAGAGACGCACAGCACUGCGUGCUCCGGCGGCCCGCAGCGCAGACCCUCCAUCUUCCGGCUCGGCCUGCCGCCCCGCUCGCCCCAGCCUUAGGGGUCCCACUUCUCUCUGGCUCCCCAGCCCGCCCCCACACCUCCCACUUGCCUCCGUGGCUCCCCGGCCCAGUCCCCUCCCCGCCACACACGCUGACGCGCGCGAACACACACACACUGACACGCCAGCGAGCUGCUGGCUGCUCAAUGGACCGAUUUCCCUGCUGUCCCUGAUACCAGCCCAGCCCGGGAUGAGAAACUGCAAAAUGGCCCGGGUCGCCAGUGUGCUGGGGCUGGUCAUGCUCAGCGUUGCCCUGCUGAUUUUAUCGCUCAUCAGCUACGUGUCCCUGAAAAAGGAGAACAUCUUCACCACUUCCAAGUACGCCAGCCCGGGGGCGCCCCGAAUGUACAUGUUCCACGCGGGAUUCCGGUCUCAGUUUGCGCUGAAGUUUCUAAAUCCGUCAUUUGUGCCCAUUACGAAUUCUCUGACCCACGAACUCCAAGAGAAACCUUCUAAGUGGACAUUUAAUCGGACGGCAUUUUUACGUCAAAGGCAAGAAAUUCUUCAGCAUGUCGAUGUAAUAAAAAAUUUUUCUUUGACCAAGAAUAGUGUUCGGAUUGGACAACUGAUGCACUAUGAUUAUUCCAACCAUAAAUAUGUUUUCUCUAUUAGCAAUAACUUCCGAUCGCUGCUUCCAGAUGUGUCACCCAUUGUGAAUAAGCAUUAUAAUAUCUGUGCUGUGGUUGGAAAUAGUGGGAUCCUGACAGGGAGCCGGUGUGGACAAGAAAUAGAUAAGUCAGAUUUUGUUUUCCGUUGCAAUUUCGCCCCUACGGAGGCUUUCCAAAGAGAUGUUGGAAGAAAAAUCAACCUUACCACCUUCAACCCCAGCAUCCUGGAAAAAUAUUACAACAACCUUUUGACCAUUCAGGACCGUAACAACUUUUUCCUCAGUUUAAAAAAGCUCGAUGGGGCCAUUCUUUGGAUCCCUGCUUUUUUCUUCCACACUUCAGCAACUGUUACCAGGACAUUAGUUGACUUUUUUGUUGAACACAGAGGUCAGUUAAAGGUCCAAUUGGCUUGGCCUGGGAAUAUAAUGCAACAUGUCAACAGGUACUGGAAAAACAAACAUUUGUCACCCAAACGGCUGAGCACAGGUAUUCUUAUGUACACUCUUGCAUCAGCAAUAUGUGAAGAGAUCCAUUUGUAUGGAUUUUGGCCUUUUGGAUUUGACCCCAACACAAGGGAAGAUCUUCCAUACCAUUACUAUGACAAAAAAGGAACCAAAUUUACCACCAAGUGGCAGGAGUCCCACCAGCUGCCUGCUGAGUUUCAGCUGCUGUACCGAAUGCACGGGGAAGGGCUCACCAAGCUGACUCUGUCACACUGUGCCUAAGAACUUCGAACAGAAAGUGCCAAAUGGUGGUUUAAAAAGUGCCCCAAAUCAAAUUGAAUAGUCGUCAGAGUAGAACCCUAGAGAAUUUCUCGUAAGGACUGUCUGCCAUGUGAAGGAAAGAAGUCGUCUCUCCCUCUUUUGCACUGCUCUCCUAAGGGUCUUGGCAGGGCCAAUGUGUUGAAGCCACAUGAUUUAAACCCGACUGAUGAAGGGGAUGUUGCGUUUGGAACCGUGUUGCUAAUGAAAUGGUCUGAAGUACUUCCAUGUUUGUAUUUUAACAGUACACUGCCUCCCAGUUUUUAUGAGGACUAGAGCUGGAGGUUCUGCAGCUUUGCUCAGAUGCCGUCCUCAAAUUGAGAGUCCCCUGGUCGGUUGGGGCGGGAUUUAUUUUUUCCUGUGUGGGACUGGACUCUUCAAAAUGGAAACAUAAAUUGGUUUGCAUAUCUCAU